GCUUUCAGUCUGCUGCAGGCAACGAAGGAAGGAAUGUAAAGCUGACCGAGUCUUGCGAUAAAGCUGUGUUUGAAAUUUCAGCGAUGUUUUCGCUUAGUGGCAGUGCGUAAAGAUUCAAAAUUGGGUUUUGGGUCAGUGUCGAGUGCGGUUUUGGCGAUGGUCCUUUGAGUGGUGUGAUCGCGAUAGCCGUCGGGUGCCAUUAUCAUGGUGACUAUAAUGCCUUGUAAUUACCUCAAUGCCCAAUCGACACGAUGCGCGAUAAUCGAUAAGAUGUGCGACUCCAAGGUGAAGCGACCGAGGCCUGAUGCAACGUCGGAUCCAUCUGAUCGCGAUCGGCUGGCGGUGGGUGAAAGCGCCUGCAGCCCUCAAAGCGGUCACUCAUCCUCCACCUGCAGCUCACCCCCGGCCACAGCGUCCACUGCCACCAACCACAACGCCGAUGUAUCCUCAACGACGGCGACGUCCACUUGCGUCCCGACCAACUUCACCUCCUCCUGGUCAAUUUUAGGCGAAACAGCGGGAAUUAAAAGUGAAAUUAGGAGUCCUGGCCUUGCCGAAAACGACGUGGCAGCCCUCACACAAGACCCUCUAUCUUUCUACGGAACGGCGGCCGAACUUGGCAAUCUCUACGACAAGGAGUACCCUCAAUCGUACUCAGCUCAACAGUAUUACAAUAGCAUGCAACAAGCAUAUGGCACAACGAAUUCGGCCACAUCAUCCUACAUGAACCCCGCGUCGUCGUUUUACAACGCUUCUUCGUAUCCUUAUUCGUCAUUAGGAUCGUCCAGAGGGUUGAAUCCGUCGUGUAAGGCCAGUUCGGGGUAUAUAACGUCGCCGUACUCGUCACCAGCAUCACCUUUUCAAAACAGUGGCCAGAGCCAAUAUUCACCGUAUGCGUCCUACACUGCACCGGCUUCUUCCACAUUUGCACAAGGGUUUUCCGCACAGGGAGUUGAGUAUGGGACUUAUGGUACAGCUUACAGUGAUUCUCAAACUUCUCAAUAUGCCUCAAGUUAUUAUGCCUCACAAACUUACUCACCUUAUGUUAGUUCGCCAAGUUCGAGUGGAAGUCUGGGGGCUUCUUCCUACCAACUUGCAGCCACUUCUCUUCCAGACAGUCCCUCAAAUGGCAUCACUUUAGCAGACGGUUCCACUUCUCCUUUGAAAGCAGACAGUGCCCGAAGAUCUCGUGAAACCUCAACUUUAGGAACAGAACAAAGAGGGACGCGAGGCAGAGGCCGACGGACGAACACAGUGUCACCCACAACCCCAGAAUCUGCCACAGAUCGAGUAUUCAUUUGGGAUCUUGACGAGACCAUCAUUAUAUUCCAUAGUUUACUAACAGGGAGUUACGCUACGAAAUAUCAAAAAGAUGCUCAAAGUGUGGUCCAACUCGGAUUUAAAAUGGAGGAAAUGGUGUUCAAUCUCGCGGACACCCAUUUCUUUUUUAAUGAUAUAGAAGAUUGUGAUCAAGUGCAUAUUGACGACGUUUCGUCAGAUGACAACGGCCAAGAUUUAUCAAAUUAUAAUUUUAGUUCAGACGGUUUUCAUGCCUCAACAUCUGUAACUGGAGGGAAUUUGUGUCUGGCGACGGGGGUGAGAGGAGGCGUCGAUUGGAUGCGAAAGUUAGCCUUCAGAUAUCGGAAAAUUAAAGAAACCUAUAAUAAUUACCGAAAUAGUGUUGGGGGACUUUUGGGUUCAAACAAACGAGAACAGUGGCUUCAACUGCGGGCGGAAAUUGAAGCAGUGACUGACAAUUGGCUAACGUUGGCCAAUAAAUGUCUUACUUUGAUUAAUUCGAGGACAAACUGUGUAAACGUCUUGGUCACUACAACACAACUUAUUCCAGCUUUAGCCAAAGUACUGUUGUUUGGCUUAGGAGGCGUCUUUCCAAUUGACAAUAUUUAUUCCGCAACCAAGAUAGGUAAAGAAAGUUGUUUUGAACGUAUAGUGGCGAGGUUUGGCCGAAAGUGUACAUACGUAGUGAUUGGAGACGGACAAGAUGAGGAGGCGGCGGCGAAAGCAAUGAAUUUUCCUUUUUGGCGGAUAACAAGUCACAGUGAGAUAGCAGCAUUAUACAACGCCCUUGAUAUGGACUUUUUAUGAUUUAAUUUUUUGCGAAUUUUUUUAUUUUCUGUUUUAUAAAGAAAUUCUUUAUAUGUUUUGUGGAUGUAUUAUAAAUGUACAUAAAUAAUAAUAAAAAAAAGUGUAAUAAAUGUCAUAUAUUUUAUAAGUUGCAAAGAAAAUAUUACGAAAAUGAACCGGCAUUUUUGUAAUGUUAUCACGUGACGUCAGUG